UCUGAUCUCACCUUUCACAAAACAUUUCCAUCGUGAAAGAAGAACGAUCCCUGAACCUGAACCCUCGUCAAUUUCGAUCGGACAUGGCGAAACCUGCAUCGAAUUCCCUGUUAUCUGGCCUGAGGCGGUUCAUCAAGAAGCCAUGGGAGAUCACAGGUCCCUGCGCCGACCCCGAGUACAAGUUGGCGGUACCCGCAGCCCUGGAAUACCGCCCGUUCUGCCCCGCCACCCCGAAGGAGCAGGCGAUCAUCCCCUCCUCCCUUCCCGAAACCGUCUUCGACAUCAAGUACCACACGCGCGACCAGCGCCGUAACCGCCCUCCCAUCCGCCGCACCGUCCUCAAGAAGGCCGAUGUGGAGAAACUCAUGAAGGAGAGGAAGACAUUUGACGUUUCCGAUUUUCCACCUGUUUAUCUCAACACCGUCGUCAUCGAGGAUAUGGAUGCUCGCGGCGGUGGCUACCAGUCAUAGGUUUCUGCUAUCAUGGGAUGACAUAAUUGGCCCAAUCAACUUUCUGUUUGUAUCAAUGGAAGGGUCUGAAUAGUCUUUAGCACAUACCUAUCCUUCCAGUUUAAAGAGGUUGUAAGCAUUUUGUAUCAAUAAAGGGUUUCUGUCUGCAAUUAAGUUUAACUAUUUGCUUACUUAUUUGUGAAUGUUGGAUCAAAAAGUGAAUUGCCUCAAGGACAUAGUAAGUGGUAAAUCGAACAAUCCACCUGAAAUAACCUGUUCAUUUUGAUUAUGAAUGAAGCUUUUCGGUAUGAUUCCA